AGCGAUUACAGUCCUUCAUCGCGCGCAGGAUACUGGAAUUAAUGGAGUUAUCCCGCCUGCUCCAUCCUUGCUCACGAGGAGGAGGAGGAUAAUGAGCAUUCCUCGUGCAUCAGGGGUACAGGCAGGUGUCAGCGGUCUAUUCACUGGUGUGGCUGAGUUUAUAUCACAACCCCCAUGAGAGUGGCAGCCAUGGACAGUCAGUGGUUGCUGUGAGUGGUUGGCACCAGCACGAUGGCUGACUCACUGCCAGACAGCAGGGGCGGGGGGGAGGCAGGGGUGGCGGGGGCCAGGACGAACGGGCCGCCAGGAGGAGAAGAAGCGCAGCAGCAGCAGAAGAAGGAAGAGGCUACACUAAACCCAGGUGCUGAUGCUGCUCCUUCCUCAGGCCAGCAGAAUGAGUGUGGAGGCACCAAUCAACACCCAGCAGGAGCAGGAGGUGUGGUACCUGCUGGUGGGGAAGGAGGGGACACAGAUGGGCAGCAGAACGAGUGUGGAGGUGCCAGUGAGUGCCCGUCAGGUGCAGGGAGUGUGGUGCAGACCGUGAAGGAAAGAAUGGACAUGGGGAGUCUGGUAGUGGUUCAAAACAACAGUGAAAAUACUAAUAACAGUGAGCCCUCCAUGACACAAGGCGAGCUGAGUCAGGGCUCUGAUGAAACAAGGCCGGCACUCACCAACAUGGCACCAGCUGGGAGGGGAACCGAGGACACAGGUGACCCAGUGGCAGAACAGAACAACAGUGAGGGUGCCGGUAGUGAAUCCAGCAAGGCACACGGUGAACUUAGCCAGGGCACCGAUGAAUCAAAGUUAGAGAAGGUGAGUGUGUCUCAAGCCAAAGACCCGCCAGACAGGAACACUCCUGCCACACAAGAAGCUGUCAUUGCAGGGGCAGGGGCACCUCCAGCCUCAGUAGCAGCUGUGACUGUUAGUACAAACCCACCUGAGUCUCUGCCACCACUACCAGACAACACCAGUAAUCUGGCAGGCCCAGAGCAGCUAGCAUCAGGGCCGCCAGCACCACCACCAAGCACUGAGGGUUCUGCCAUGCCCAGUUUCAGUGUGGAUCCCCUCAGCAGUGUAUCAAGUGAUGGUGCUCUGCAGGCAGCAGCAAAGGAACAGGCAUCCCCCAAGGCCAGCUCACCUCUGCCAGCUCCUGAGGCUGCUGGGGCUGAAGGGAGUUCAUCUGAGUCAUCCCAGUUAUCCUCUGUGCCCAUGGAGAGUGACUCAUGUUCUGAAGUGGCAGUGGGUGUUCUCAGGAGCAUUGUCCCCGAGGAGGCUGGAGGCACCAUGGCAGCAGUGUCAGUGAGCCAGCAUGAGGACGGAGCAGCGUCUGGGACACAGCUGCCAGUCAAUGAGUGCCUGAGCAGAGUAAGUAAGAGCCAAACAGACGCUACUGGUGGCAGUGCCUGUGCAGUGACUGACGCCGAGAAAAACAGAACCCAGAGUGAGGCAGCGGCCAUGCAGGAGAACAUGGCUGGUCAGAGUGGUGAGCCGAUGGAAGUGAGUGAAAACUGGGAUGACAGGAACUUUACCUGUGAGGCAGACACAGAGACACUGCCAUUGAUUGUGGCCACACAUUCUCUGUCCCACAAAGAGAGCACUGAGAAGGCACCCAGCAAAGCAGUGGAGUCCACAGCGGCAGCAGAAGUGAAUGGUGGUGCAAAGAAAGCGGUGCCGUUGCUGGUCACCGAACCCCUCAGACCCGUGACCAUCGGGAGCAGCCUGCAGCCUCUGGAGGAGCUGCAGGAGGCCACGGCGGAGGAGGAGGCGCCGUCCUUCACGGCCGACCUCGCCAUUAUGGACAGCAGCGCGGAUGAGGCGGACAGCAUUGGAGGCCUGGUGAUCAAUAACGUGAUUGGCGCUGCCGAUGGUGUGGUGGACUUCCAGCCGGACGAAGUGGAGGCAGAGAAGGAGCUGAUGGACAUAAGCUCCUCGGCCCCGCAGAUCACCGACACCACGGAGGAUGACGGGCCGAGUGCCAAGCGCCGACGGCUGGAAAACGGAACAAGCGAGGGUGAGGACAGGACCGAGGAACCCAGAACCGUCAUCCUGAAGCUCAUUCCAGUGAAAAAUGGCCACGGUGUCUGGGACUCUCGGAAGCUGCUGGAGGUUCUGUCGGCCAAGGGAACCAUCAUGCUGCAGGUCCAUGCCUCCAAGGAGAACCUGGAGCUGUGUGAGGCGGACAAGACCGAGGCCGAGAAAACAGUGGACUUCAGUGCCAUCAUGACCGCCAUAAAGGAUGAAGACCAUGACCCUGUAUUGUCCUGCAGCAGCGGCGGCGGUGAGGCCGAGAGUGACGACCCCCUGGCCAUCGGCACCUCCUCGGAGACCAACACUCAACCCUCGUUUGCCCGCUCCUUCCCACCCCCCCAAGGCCGGUCCACUGCCCUCCAGCCUGCCAUUCCCCCCAGACCCACCUUCAAGCACCUGCAGAUCCCACAGCACUACUACAUGAGGAAUGAGGUACUUGGCCUGCCUCCGCCGCUGGAGUUCGAGGAGCCGCAAGGAUCAGCGGAUAUGUCAGGUGUUGGCGCUAGUGACAAGUCAACAGGUCUUCGUCACCCUCAGCUGGGCCCCAACAUCAAGGACAAGCUCAAGGAUUGCAACGAGUGUGGCGCCCAGUAUUGUCACCUGCAUGACUUGUUGACCUGUGAUCGGUGUAACUUUUCCACCGUGAACCGACAGGCAUAUAGCAAACACAUCAUGGACCACAACAAGACGAAGCUGAAGUGUACCGUGUGCUUCGAGAUCUUCACGAGUCCCAUCACUCACGCUGUGCACAAGAGGAAGAUUCACGGCUUGUACGACUGUAAGUAUUGUGCGGCAGAGCUCCCCAGCAAGUCAGAGUGGUCCCUUCACAUAAGACAGAAGCACAAGGACAAGUGUAAAGAGAGCGCAGAGAAAAAGGAGAAAAAGGUUAUGCAAAUAAAGGUAAAUACUCGUGAAGGAACGGCAAGCAUUACUCAGGCUGUAGACAUGUCCCAGCCACACACAAGACCAGCAGAAGGGCAGCAGCUGGCGGUGGUGAAUAUUAUCCAAGAUCAUCCAACACCAAAUAACGAGUUUCUUGCAAAUCUGAUGCAAACUUCCAAUGGCUCCUCUUCCACCAACAAAAAGUUACUGGUACGAAACAUGGCAUUUAUAGCGCCGAAACCUUCUUCAGGGAUUAUAAUGAGCACCUCACAGGCUAUUAAUUUCAUGAAGACAACCAGCGUGCAGCCCUUCACCCCUGUAAUGCCCCCACCACUGCCGUACACCCUCGGAAACACUUCAGACUUCAAUGCGAAUACCAAUCAAAAUUCAGUAAGUUCAGCAAGCAACCCAACCACCAUUUUCUCAUCACCUCCCUUCAAUCCAAACAAUCUUACAAUCAAAGAAGAACCAUUGGAGGAGGAGAGCGCCAAGCCUAACACCGUCCUGGUAAAGGUGAAGCCAAAGAGGAGGAAACAGCCCAGCACCAACCUAGCGAACUGGCUUCCGUGUGAGUCGUGUUCUUCCUUGUUCAGAAACCUUACUGGCCUCAGGAUUCACAUCAAGCAGAAGCACACGGAGAGGCCAAAGUGUCCGCUCUGCAAAACCACGAAGACAACUGCAAGGAAGGUUUACCAGCACCAAGCGAUGGUCCACAGAAACAAGCUGAGGUGCCACUAUUACUGCCUAGAGCUCUUCGACACGCGCGAGGAGCUGUCUGCCCACCACAUCAACGUCCACAACAAAGACGACACUAUUUUACGAUGCAGGUAUUGCCGGGAGACCUACCCAAAAGGGACCUACAUGAAGCACUUGGAGAUGUGCACUGGAGAAAUCAAAAAUAGAUUCAUAAUGCAUUGUAACUGUGGGAGGAAGUUUAUAAAUUCAGCCGAGUACGGACACCACAUAAAGAGUUGUAAGUCUGCCGUUAAGAUGGAUGUCGAGGAGGAGGGCGAGGCACCAACAACCAGUAACACCAAGGACAGUGACUCGGCCUCGCCGGACCCUGAGAAAGAAGCGAAUCCCAAGUCCACGGAGGAGAGUCCCAUCGCAGAGCCUCGGGAAGUCUGCUGCACCACGGAGGAGGGUGAGAUAAUGAAGUGCCUGGGAUGCCAAAGAAUUUUCCGCUGUGAAGAGAAAGCCAUCAGCCACGUGAUCAAGCACCACAAGGCGGCAUUAUCGUACGGAAAGGAAUGUAAGGUUUGUUUUAUAUGUGGUAAAAUUUUCGUCUUAGGGUUAGCAUUUUGCAAACACCUGCUGGAGCAUUACGAGAGGGGCGGCAUGUGGGACAGGAUAUUGCCGUCACAGUUUACCGUGGACCAUUCAAAGUUGAGGUGUUGGAUUUGUGAUACGGAAGGAUUGUCUUACACGGAAUAUCACAAUGACAGCAGAAAUACAACCAUUGAGAAAAUCCUCUUCAGUAAGGCCUAUACAACCUCUGCCACUGAUGAAGAUGAUUCUUAUUGUUGCUUGUGUGAGGAAAGCUUUAAAAGUAAACUAAACUUCUGGAAGCACAUUAAGAUCCAUAUGUCCAAGUCACUCAUCAGUAACCCAGAGGAGAUCCUGUACAUGAACUGCCCCAAGUGUGACUUCAGCUGCAGCGCAAGAGCUGAGCUGGAGGAACAUGCAGCGCGCCAUUGUAUUCAGCAGAAAGAUGAAACAUUGGCUAACGUGGAUGGCAAGAGUGGAGGUGAGGCAGAAGCAGACAGCAAAGGUCACGGGGGGGGAACUUACGAGUGCAAGAUCUGUCAAGUUAUGUUUUAUAUCGAUAGUUCAGCAUCGAGCCACGUCCUGAGUCACCACAAGAAGGAGGUGGAAGAAGUGAUCACAACCAAAGACUGCCCUCUAUGUGACAAAUCGUUCGUCAGGCCAUUUGCAUUUUGUUCGCACCUUCUGAAUCACUACACUGAUCUUGGUAUGUGGGAAAAGAUGGUGCCAAGGGAUUUAUUGAGCAAAGUAGAUCAUGAUAUUGAUAAAAAAUUUUGCUGGGUUUGCAAGUCCACUUUCGCCCACAAAACCCAACGACACCAAACCAGACGUAAUAAUCAGAUUGAGAGGAGUCUGGUGGCCCGAGCUAAGGACCUUGAAGAGGACGAGCCGCUUCAGUGUCCCAUGUGUGAGUUCUCGUGUUCCAACAGAUACACUCACUGGAAACAUGUCAAGCUGCAUAUGUGCUUAAACAGAAAGUCACUCAAAGUAGAUCCAGAGCAUGAACCGGAGCUUGCUGCAGACACAGAAGAUUCAGAAAAGCUUCCUGCAGACAGCGAAGACUUGGAGAAACUUCCUGCAGACACUGAAGAUUCAAAGCUUCCUGCAGACACCGAAGACUUGGAAAAGAAAAGGUUUGACUGCCUCAGAUGCAACAAACAGUUUAAAGGGAUCAAAGAGUUCCACAAACACUUGGCCAUGUAUUUCCUCAGGCCAUGGCGUAAAAAGAAAAAACAAGCGCCUGAAGCUGUUGAGGAAAGUAAAGAGGUGGUGAAGGAAGGCAAGCCAAUGACUCUUAGGAGCAAAGCACCGAAACCAAAGGGCAGUAGUGUUAAAUGUGUGUGUUGCAAGAAGACCUUCAGCCACUCGGAGGACGCCAAGGCCCACGUCCUCUCCACGCACAAGAUGACGGUUUCAGAGAAGAAUAACCUGAAUUGCAGCUUGUGUGACCUGUCAUUCAAGAGUGAGUGGUGGCUCUGCAGGCACAUACUCAAUCACUACAGCGGCAUGGAGUUGUGGGAUAGUAUUGUGCCGCGAGACCUGGCCAGCAGAAUAAAUAAAAGAAACAAGUGCUGGGUGUGUAAGUGUACCCUGAACAGUAAGUACAUUUCCCACACCAACAAACGAAACGCCUACAUCACUCCCCUGCUGGCGGGCAAGUGUAAGCUGAAGGAGAUUCCCUUUAACUGUUUGUUGUGCCACCAAGAAUUCCCGACAAGACACAUAUACUGGCAACACAUGAUGCUACACCUUUCGCCAACCCCCAUCGAGGACACCACCUGGAUGGUACCUGGGUCUAAGUACGGAGAAAAGGAAAACAAGUGUGACUACUGCUCUCUGUGUUUCCGAAAAGAGAAGGAACUGGAUGAGCACUUACCAUCACACUUCCUACAAUAUAUAUAUGACGAUGAGCCCAAAGCAGAGCCCAGCUUCAAGACGGAGAGUAAAGUGAGUGACGAGGACAUUGUUCUAACAGGAGACAGCAGCAGCAGCAGCGAGGAGGAUGAAUGGCUACCUCCCAGUGUGGUGAAGAAAAGGAAGCUGGAAGAGAUGGAAAAGGAAGGCAUGGAAGAGAGUAACAACAGUGAGUGUAAGGAGGAGAGUAACAAAACUGCAGUGGGAGAUGAUGGCACGUCUGCUGGUUUGGCGAAGGACGUUAAUGAUGAUGAUGAUGAUUCAAGUAAUUCUAGCAUUGAGGAGCCAACUGAAUGAGCAGGAAGAUGUGAACAAGAAGAACAGUAGUAAUGAUAAUAAUAAAGAUAACAAAACUGUAGUGCGAACUGAUGUGGUGUUCGUUGAUUUGGAAAGAGACGAUAAUUCAAAUACAAUAAUUCUUUUUUUUUUUUACAAGAGGAGACGGCUCAAGGGCAACAAAAACGGUGUAAAAAAAAAAAAGCCCGCUACUCACGCUCCCACAACGGACAAAAGUAAAGAGAGGUCAAUUUCGAGUGAAGAUGUGUCAAAAAUUCAUACAUUCUAUACAAAUAAACCAACUGAAAAAGGAGAAUGUGAGUGAUAGUAUUAAUAGUGGAGUUAACAAGACUAUAGGAUGUGAUGUUAUGUUUGUUGAUUUGAAAGAUUAGGAAAAUUUAAAUCAUUCUGUUGUUGAAAACCCAGAUGGUAAAAAGGAGGAUGUGAACAGCGAUAGUAUUAACAGUGGAGUUAACAAGACUAUAAGAUAUGAUGUUAUGUUCGUUGAUUUGAAAGAUUAGGAAAAUUUAAAUCAUUCUGUUGUUGAAAACCCAGAUGGAAAAAAGGAGGAUGUGAGCAGCGAGUUUUAAUAGUGGAGUUAACAAGACUAUUGGAUAUGAUGUUAUGUUUGUUGAUUUGAAAGAUUAGGAAAAUUUAAAUCAUUCUGUUGUUGAAAACCCAGAUGGAAAAAAGGAGGAUGUGAACAGCGAUAGUUUUAAUAGUGGAGUUAACAAGACUAUUGGAUGUGAUGUUAUGUUCGUUGAUUUGAAAGAUUAGGAAAAUUUAAGUCAUUCUGUUGUUGAAAACCCAAAUGGAAAAAGGAGGAUAUGGGAACAAGAUUAAUGAGAGUGAAGGAAAGAGGACUACAGUAUGUGACGUUGUUUAUUGACCUGAAAAGAAGGAAAUUCUGGUGUUGGUAAGGAAAAUGUGAAGGAUAAGAGGAAUGAAAGUGAAAGCAACAUGGCUAUUAUAUUCCUUUAAUUCUCUCUUGGCCCUUUCCAUCAGUAAUUUCCUUGAUGUUAAUGCUGGCCUCACUUCCACACAAGGCAUCUAUUCAGUACUGGGUGAAGAAUAGAAAAAAACCUGGGCAUUAUGGAGAAGAGAGAUUGACUUAGGAGCUUAUUGAACGCCACUGUGUUGGACUGUGCAACUGACCAAUGUUAAGUCUCGUGAUAUGGUGGAAAAUUAGGAAAGUUAUUCAUUCUGGUGUCAAAAAGUGUAUUGAAAAGUGGAAAAAUGAUGUGAACAAGAGUAGCAACAGGGAAAAAAGUGAGAGGUGCAAGAAGAGUACAUUAUAGAUGAUGUUAUGUCUACUGAUUUGAGUAGGAAGUGAUGAAAAUUCAGAUCAUCCCAGUGCUGAAAGACCGACUGAAGGAAAGUGCGAGCAAGAGGAACAGUAAUAAAAGCAACGAGGAAAGUAACGAGAUUGAGAAAGUGCAGCUGAUGUUAUUACUUAUAUAUUUGACUAGAGAUGAUAAUUCAAACAAUUCUAGAGUUGAGAAGACCAUUGAAAGGAAUAUUGUUAACAUUUUUUAUUAUAUCACAAUAAUACUCAGAGUGUGUACAUAGGUGUGGGUGUGUGAGGUAUGGUCUGGAAACAUGGCGAAUACUGAGCAUGAAUUAAGUAUUAGUAGUAAAUGUUAUGAGGGAAAGUUUCAAAGUUUCUCCAGUGUUCAGUGUGCUGGCAGUAUUAUCAAAGGAAAGGCAGCUGUACCAAGUGGAUGGCUGUUCCGAGCACUGUUAUGGGGCAUCUUGGAUAUAAAUUUGUGCAUAAUAUGUUAUAGAAGUUGUAUUAUACAUGUGAAUUCUUGUUAUAAACUUUGGCAGACAUAGUGACUGAAGACAAAAUGCUAUAAACAA